AUGUCGUUCGGAUCGUCCAGUCUGCUGCGUGGCGACUCGUCGAGCGACGCGCUGACGUAUCACCGCCCGCCACGAGGAGGCAUGCGAAAAGAGCCCCGGCAGCGGCGUGUGGUGGAGUGCAAGGUGAAGCGGCGGCGGGAGCCUUGUGCGUUGGCUAACACACCAUAUCCUUCCCCUCCUCCUCCCCUACAACCACUCCUCCCCCCUUUUCUUUUCCACCAGCCCCGGCAGCGGCGAGUGGUGGAGUGCAAGGUGAAGCGGCGGAGGGAGCCACGGCUGGAUGUGGUGAUUGAAGCACCCUCUUCUUCCCCGUCCCAUGUCCCCCUUCCCCCUUCCCGCCCCGCCCUGGCAGCGGCGGGUGGUGGAGUGCAAGCCCCGGCAGCGGCGGGUGGUGGAGUGCAAGGUGAAGCGGCGGAAGGAGCCACGGCUGGAUGCGCCCCGGCAGCGGCGAGUGGUGGAGUGCAAGGUGAAGCGGCGACCCGGCAGCGGCGAGUGGUGGAGUGCAAGGUGAAGCGGCGGAAGGAGCCACGGCUGGAUGCGGUGAUAGAGAGGAACAAGAAGUUCCGCAUCGUGCAGCGCAUUCAGGAGCUGCUGGGGAAGCAGGAUGGCGGGCGCAUGAGUCUCAAGGAGCUGGGGAAGCAUCGGAACAAGAUUGGGCUGUCUGGGGGACGGAGAUGUGUGUCUCUCAUUCGCAGGUUCCCAUCCAUAUUCCGAGUGUACGAUAAGGGUGCGGGCAACAUCUGGUUCGAGUUGACUCCAGAGGCAGCGAGGAGGGAUGCGAGGGAGAGGGAGCUGAGAGCCAUCAUGGAACCCAUUCUCGUCGAUAAGGUGCGGUGCAAUGUGGUGGAAUGCGGCGAGACGCUGGUUGCGGGCAACAUCUGGUCCGAGUUGACUCCAGAGGUGGCAAGGAGGGAUGCAAGGGAGAGGGAGCUGGGGGCCAUCAUGAAACCCCUGGUAGUGGAUAAGCUCCUGCACCCGCUCUCUCCUCCACAACAAGCCCUCUUUCAUUCUUCCCCUCUGCAUCUUCCCCUCUUCUACCCACCUACCACUGCAGCUCUGCAAGCUGCUCAUGAUGUCAGCAUGCAGUCCCUCAGUGUGGAGAGCACGGCUGUGCGUGCACCCCUUUCCCCCCCACAACCAUCCCCCUACCCUUCUUCCCCUCCCCACCUUCGCGUUGCCUCCCACCAUCUACUGCAGCUGUGCAAGCUGCUGAUGAUGUCAGCAACGCAGUCCCUCAGUGUGGAGAGUGUUGGGCACGUGCGCAGAGAGCUGGGCCUUCCAGAGGACUUCAAAACGGUGAGCGUUUUGAGACGUCUCAAAACACGCCUUCCAGAGGACUUCAAAACGUCCUUUCUGCCGCGCUUCUCAGAUCGCUUCAGAGUAGCCACCCCUCCAGCAGCCCCUCCGGGUAUCCCGGCUGCUGCUGCUGGAGGGGCAAUGCUGUCCUUUCUGCCGCGCUUCUCCGAUCGCUUCAGAGUGGCCACCCCUCCAGCAGCCCCUCCGGGUACCCCUGCUGCUGCUGGAGCGGGGGGGCCGGUGCUGGUGCUGCAGCAAUGGGACGAUCGCCUGGCUCUGUCAGUGGCAGAGGCGAACGAAGCAGCAGCAAUGGCUCGGGAAGAGGUUCGGGAAGAGGCUUGGGAAGAGGUGCAGAAAGAGGGUAGUGAGGCUGUGGCAGGUGAGGGGGGAGGGAAUGGUAUCAAGAGUGACACUGCUGCUGCUGCUGCCUCCCGUGCUGCUAGUAUCAAAAGCUCUCCCUAUGCGUGUGCUUCUGCUGCCUCUGCUGGUGCUGCUAGUGCUGGUGGUGGUGGUUCUGCUGCUGAUUGUGGUGGUGGGGGAGGGGGGGGUGGGGAAUCUGCUGCUGGUGGUUGGGGGGAUGGUGGUGCUGGUGGUGCUGCAGCAGCAGCGGGAGGGAGGGCACACGGAGGGAUGGUUAGGAGAGAAGGGGUUGGAGGUGUGUUGGGGGAUGGGGAUAAUGAGGGGGAGGGGGAGAGUGGGGAGGAGAGGAGGAAGGAGGAGGAGAAGGAGGAGGAUGAGGAGGUCGAGGAGGAGUGGGAGGAGGAGAAGGAGGAGGAGAAAGAGAAGGAGAAGGGUGAGGAGGAAGAGGAGGGAGAGGCCAAGAAAGGGAAAGAGGAGAAGGAGGAGGAGAAGGAGGAGGAGGAGGAGGAGGAGGGAGAGGGGCAAGAGGGUAGGGAGAGUGUUGAGGUGUCUGGUGUGGGUAGCAGUAAAGGCGAAGAGGGCGGGCAUGAGGGGCAAGGGGCGGGAUUUGGAGAGGGAUGGGACGAGGGGUGGGAAGAGGGAUGGGGAGAAGGAGGGGGAGAAAGAGAGGGAGGAGAGGGAGAGGGGCAAGAAGGCGAGAGAGAACGCAAGGACAGCAAGCACCAGUCACAGAAACAGGAGAUGGAGAGUCGGGGAGGAGGAGAGAAAUGGGUCGAGGAGAGAUGGGAAGAGGAGGAGCAAGAGGAGCAAGGGUCAGAAGAAACACAAGGAGCGGCAUCAUUCAGAAAGCCUCAUCUUGGUCCUGUUUUGGCCUGCGACCCGGCGGCGCCAUCAGACUCCCCCCAACAAACCCUAGCCACCCAAGCUGCUCAAGUCCCACCAGUCUCUCCAGGCACGCAGCUCCCUCCCCCCAAGCCCUCCUUGACGCCGGAGCAGCUAGCAGAGGCAGCCAUCGGGUUGGGGCGGCACAAGGCAGAGACCAGCCGCAUGGCCUAUAUCACCGGGAAAACCAGUGCUGAGCAGGAAGGGACUAGCAGUGGUGUUGCCAGUGGUGCCGGUACUGCUGGCAGCAGCAGCAGCAGCAGCAGCAGCAGUCGGGAGCAGCGGUACAAGAAAGCCGUUCGGCUGAGCUUGAAACUCAACCUACCCCCCGGUCUGAAGCUGAAGCAAUCUGACCUGCUCCGGCUACAGAGGUUCCAUUCCUCCCCCCAAAUAUCCCCCUAUGCAAACCCGCUCGAGCUGGGGAUAUCGCCGGAAUCAAUGGAAGCCGAGAGGCGGGCAGUUGCCGUGAUUCGGGAGUUUCUUUCGCUGACCGUGGAAAAGCGGUGCCUGAUCGACCAGCUGACGCACUUUCGGAAAGAUUUUCUGCUGCCCGCGAGGAUAUAUGCGCUGCUGCUGCGGCACCCGGAGGUUUUUUAUGUUUCGGUGAAAGGGGUGCGGGAUUCGGUGUUUCUGCGGGAGGCUUAUGAAGGGGAGGUGCUUAUAAUGAGUGAUGAGCUGGCAGAUGCUAUAGAGGAGAUGAGAGUUCUUAUGGAGGAUGGAAGGAGGAGGAUGAGGAGGGGAGAAGUGGGGAGAGGGGAGAGGGAAGGGAAUGGGAGGGGAGGGAGUGAUGAGGAGAGUGAGUGGGAGAGCGAGGAUGAGGAGGAAUGGGGAGAGGAAGAUGAGGAGGAAGAGGAAGAGGAGGAGGAGGAAGAGGGGUGGGAAAGGGAGAAGGGUCGGAACAGUAGGGUUGUGCCGGGGGUUUGGAAACGGGCAAAUGGGCAAGCAGUGGGGAGUGGGGGUAGAGUUAAAUCUAAUGCUAUGAGUGUGGAAGUGGGGAGAAAGGGAGGGGAGAGAGGAUGGGAGAGAGGAGGGGAAAGAGGAGGGGAAAGAGGAGUGGGGAGAGGUGUGGGGAGAGGAGAGACUAGAGGAGUGCGGAAAGGGGAGAAUGAGGGAGAGAGGAAGUGGGUGGGGGUGGCCAGGUGGGGGAGGGAGAGUGGGAGAGUGGAUGGGUCUAGGUGGGUGCCUGUCGGGAGUGCAGUUGGGGAAGAGAGUGAGGGUGAUAAGAGAACGGGCCGAGAGAAGGAGAGAGGGGAAGAGGAGGAAAAGGAGGGAAGAGGGGGAGAUGAGGAAGAGGAGGGAGAGGGGGGAGAGGAUGGAGAGAGGGGGGGUAAAGCUCGUGCAGCAGGAAUGAGGGGAAGGGGAGAUGAGGUGAGGAGGGAGAGGGAAAGAGUGGGGGUGAUAGGGGCAAAGGAGAAGGGGAGAGGAAAGGAGUCAUGGAGGAGCAAGGGCAUACACAGGCAGGGGUUGAUUAAAGACAGGUGGUGA